CGCAAAUUUGUUUAUACGCGAACCUAGUCUCCCUUUGUAAAGCAACCACCCACUCCUCCUCACCAAAUCAAAAUUCCCCCCCAAAUUUCCCAAUCUCUCUCCCUCCAAAUUCCCAAAUCAAAUCCCUAGAUCGAUCGAGGGGGAGGGGGAGGGGGAGGGGGAGGGGAGAUCGAUGGAGAGCACGAUGGAGAAAGUGUGGGAUUCGGGGCGAAGGGCGAGUAGGAACCUGAGCAGGAGCAUCAGCAGGAGCGUGAACAUGGGGAACUGGGGGAUGGAGGAGGUGUUCGCGCGCGCGAGCACGAGGGGGAGGUCGCGGGCCGGAGGGGGCGGCGACGACGACGAGGAGGCGCUCCGGUGGGCGGCGCUCGAGCGCCUCCCCACCUACAGCCGCCUCCGCACGGCGAUCCUCAAAUCCACCGUCGACGGCGCCGGCGACGGCGGCGGAGGUGGCGGCGGUGGGGGGAGGUACGAGCACCGGCAGGUGGACGUGCGGAAGCUGGGGAUCGGCGAGCGCCAGGAGUUCAUCGAGCGCGUGUUCCGGGUCGCCGAGGAGGACAACGAGCGCUUUCUCAAGAAGCUGCGGCAUCGGAUCGAUCGGGUUGGUAUACAACUCCCAACUGUGGAGGUGAGGUUCGAGCAUCUAACAAUAGAAGCCAAGUGCCACGUCGGCAACAGGGCUCUGCCCACGCUGCUCAACACGGCUCGCAACAUUGCCGAGUCAGCGGUUGGCCUCUUGGGCAUAAGGCUCACGAAGAUGACCACUCUUACCAUACUCAAAGAUGUCUCCGGAAUCGUACGACCCUCUAGGAUGACAUUGUUGCUGGGCCCUCCGUCAUCGGGGAAGACCACUCUUUUACUAGCCUUAGCUGGGAAGCUGGACCCAACACUGAAGGCACGGGGAGAGAUAACGUACAACGGGUACGCACUCGACGAGUUCGUGCCCCAGAAAACGGCGGCCUACAUUAGCCAAACUGACGUCCACAUGGCCGAGAUGACCGUUAAAGAAACCCUCGAUUUCUCCGCUCGGUGCCAGGGCGUGGGAUCCAAAUACGACCUUCUAACGGAGUUAGCCAGGAGGGAGAAAGAGGCUGGGAUUCUUCCAGAACCUGAAGUCGAUCUCUUUAUGAAGGCUACUUCGAUGGAAGGGGUCAAAAGCAGUCUCCAAACGGACUACACGCUCAGGAUACUUGGGCUGGACAUUUGCGCCGAUACCAUUGUUGGGGACCAAAUGCAGAGAGGAAUAUCAGGUGGUCAGAAGAAGAGAGUCACCACAGGGGAGAUGAUGGUGGGGCCGACGAAGGUGCUGUUCAUGGACGAGAUAUCGACGGGGCUGGACAGCUCGACGACGUUUCAGAUCGUGAAGUGCCUGCAGCAGAUCGUUCACCUGGGGGAGGCCACCAUCCUCAUGUCCCUCCUCCAGCCCGCGCCCGAGACCUUCGACCUCUUCGACGACAUCAUUCUCCUCUCCGAGGGCCAGAUUGUCUACCAGGGCCCUCGCGAGUUCGUCCUCGACUUCUUCGAGUACUGCGGCUUCCGAUGCCCCGACCGCAAGGGCACUGCCGACUUCCUUCAAGAGGUGACGUCGAAGAAGGAUCAGGAGCAGUACUGGGCGGACAGGAGCAGGCCGUACCGGUACGUGCCGGUGCCGGAGUUCGUGGCGCAGUUCAGGCGCUUCCACGUGGGGCUCCGGCUGGAGAACGAGCUGUCGGUGCCGUACGACAAGAGCCGCUGCCACCGCGCCGCCCUCGUCUUCUCGAAGCACUCCGUCUCCACCUCCGACCUCCUCAAGACCUCCUUCGCCAAGGAAUGGCUCCUCAUCAAGCGCAACUCCUUCGUCUACAUCUUCAAGACCGUUCAGCUCACUAUCAUGGCGCUGGUGGUGUCGACGGUGUUCUUGCGGACGCUGAUGCACCAGCGGAGCGUGGACGAUGGGUUCCUGUACAUCGGGGCGCUCCUCUUCGGGCUCAUUGUGAACAUGUUCAACGGCUUCGCGGAGCUCACCCUCACCAUCUCGCGGCUCCCCGUGUUCUACAAGCACCGGGACCUCCUCUUCUACCCGGCGUGGAUCUUCACCCUCCCCAACGUCCUCCUCCGCAUCCCCAUGUCCAUCAUCGAGUCCGUCGUCUGGGUCGUCAUCACCUACUACACCAUCGGCUUCGCACCCGAGGCCAGCAGGUUCUUCAAGCAGCUGCUGCUGAUGUUCUUGACACAGCAGAUGGCGGCCGGGCUCUUCAGAUCAAUCGCAGGCAUUUGCCGAUCGAUGAUCAUAGCACACACCGGAGGAGCUCUCUCUUUGCUCAUCAUGUUUUCUCUUGGAGGUUUUCUCCUACAAAAAGAUGUUAUUCCGAAAUGGUGGAUUUGGGGUUACUGGAUCUCGCCGUUGAUGUAUGGAUAUAAUGCACUAGCAGUUAAUGAGUUGUUCGCCCCCAGGUGGAUGGACAAAUUUGAAAAUGGUACAAGGCUGGGGCAAGCUAUCCUCCAGAAUGCUAGCAUCUUUCCAGACAAGAAUUGGUUCUGGAUCGGAGCUGCAGCACUUUUCGGCUUCAGCAUCUUCUUCAACGUGCUCUUUACACUGUCGCUUAUGUAUCUGAACCCUCUUGGCAAACCACAAGCUAUUAUAUCUGAAGAAACAGCGGCUGAAACGGAAGCUAACAUAAAUGGCAGAAAAGAAUCUCCGAGAAUCAGAAGCAUAGAAUCACACGACGACUCUGUACCCCGUGCUUUGUCGACAAAGGAUGGCAACAACACCAGGGAAAUGAUGAUGAUGCGCAUGACAACCAAUGGUUCAACCAAUAUGCUUGGUCGGGAUAUGUCUAUUGAUUUAGGCACCGGUGUUGCACCAAAGAGAGGAAUGGUUCUUCCCUUCACUGCGCUCUCCAUGUCCUUUGAUGAAGUGAACUACUACGUCGACAUGCCUGCAGAAAUGAAACAACAAGGGGUGACCGAAGAUAGGCUCCAACUGCUUAGAGGGGUGACAGGUGCUUUUAGACCAGGUGUUCUAACAGCCCUUAUGGGCGUGAGUGGGGCUGGAAAGACUACUCUUAUGGAUGUUUUGGCGGGAAGAAAAACUGGUGGUUAUAUCGAAGGGGAUAUUCGAAUUUCAGGUUACCCUAAGAAUCAAUCGACAUUUGCACGGAUCUCUGGUUAUUGUGAACAGAAUGAUAUCCAUUCGCCUCAGGUCACCGUUAGGGAGUCCUUGAUUUACUCUGCCUUUCUUCGCCUUUCUAAAGACGUCAGUGAUGAAGAGAAGAUGAAAUUUGUUGAUGAAGUGAUGGAGCUAGUGGAGCUUGACAAUCUCAAGGACGCUAUAGUGGGCCUUCCUGGAAUUACAGGGUUAUCAACAGAGCAGAGGAAGAGGUUGACUAUAGCAGUUGAGCUCGUUGCUAAUCCUUCAAUCAUCUUUAUGGAUGAACCAACAUCAGGUCUUGAUGCGAGAGCAGCUGCCAUUGUUAUGAGAACUGUCAGGAAUACAGUCGACACUGGAAGAACUGUUGUAUGUACGAUCCACCAACCUAGCAUCGACAUAUUCGAAGCUUUCGAUGAGUUGCUACUGAUGAAGAGAGGAGGCCAAGUGAUAUACUCUGGUCCUCUCGGCCGGAACUCACACAAAAUGAUUGAAUAUUUCGAGGCAAUUCCUGGAGUUCCCAAAAUCAAAGACAAGUACAACCCAGCAACAUGGAUGCUGGAAGUAAGUUCAAUUGCUGCGGAAGUACGCUUAGGCUUGGACUUCGCUGAGUACUACAGGUCAUCAGAUCUGUACAAGCGUAACAAGGCUCUAGUGAAUGAGCUGAGUAAACCGCCACCGGGCUCAAGUGACCUAUAUUUCCCUACAAAGUACUCUCAGUCCGCUUUUGAACAGUUCAAAGCUUGUCUCUGGAAACAAUCCUGGACCUAUUGGAGGAGCCCCGACUACAACCUCGUUAGAUUUUUCUUUACUCUGUUCACUGCUCUACUUCUUGGUACCAUCUUUUGGAAAGUUGGCCACAGGAGGGGAAGUUCAAAUGAUCUUAGGAUUGUGAUAGGAUCUAUGUAUACAGCAGUGAUGUUUGUUGGAAUUAAUAAUUGUUCAACUGUUCAACCUAUUAUUGCGAUCGAGAGAACUGUGUUCUACAGAGAGAGGGCGGCUGGGAUGUACUCUGCUUUGCCCUAUGCCAUUGCUCAGGUGGUCAUGGAAAUACCAUACGUGUUUAUUCAGGGAUUGUACUAUACACUUAUAGUAUACUCCAUGCUGAGCUUCCAGUGGACAGCAGUAAAAUUUUGCUGGUUCUUCUUCAUAUCUUUCUUCUCUUUCCUCUACUUCACUUACUACGGAAUGAUGACCGUCUCAAUCUCACCGAACCAUGAAGUUGCCGCCAUCUUUGCUGCAACAUUCUUCUCAAUUUUCAACCUCUUCUCGGGCUUUUUCAUCCCUAGACCAAAAAUACCCAAAUGGUGGAUCUGGUACUACUGGAUUUGCCCAUUGGCAUGGACGGUGUACGGGCUUAUAGUGACACAAUACGGAGACCUAGAAGACACCAUCAAUGUUCCUGGCCAACCACAGCCGCAACAAAUCAAAGAGUAUAUCAGGCACCAUUUUGGAUACCACACAGAUUUCAUAGGAGUUGUGGCAAUAGUUCUUGUGGGUUUCGCUGUCUUCUUCGCUUUCAUGUUCGCCUUUUGCAUCAAGAAGUUGAAUUUCCAGCAGAGGUAGGAGUCGGAAUGUUAUAGUAUCAGAAAAAAAAUGCUCCUUCAAGCGGAAGCGUUUGACAUUGUAUACUUUUUUUCUUCACUUUUUGAUAGUUUACUGUAUAUAGACACGCAUAGUUGCAUCUAAAAUAUGAUGCCAGUUUUCUUGGACUUAAACUGAGAUGUGAGAGACAUUGAGUCAAUGCGAUUAUACCUCUCUUCUUGGUAUGUUUACAGGACAGCACAAUUGUGAAUAACAUUAUACCUGCAUCUACUAUGCAGAAAUUCUUCA